AUGUCCCUCGACCACCAGCGGUCCCUCGUAUUUGGGUAUGAGAACCAAACGAACGCCGUACGCGCUUCGUUAUCGAUUUUCGGCCGCCUGCCAGCGGGGAGUUGCAAGACCCCGCCCACAUGCGGCGUGAUAUUCAAGGAGCUGUUCCUUGAGAUAGCUACCUCGAGGACGAGGAACGCACUCUGGACGUGGAAUGGCAAGAAAUCUGUGACGAGGAAGCUGGAUAGGGUGUGCAAGACUUGCCGGCGGACGGCCAAGGAGCAUCGCACAGAGGAUAGGAAGGCAUUGUGGGACUCCUUGCCGAGGAUGUAUGAUUUCAUUUGCUCAUGGGAUAAAUUUCGACAGCGGGAGGAGCAGGUUCUAUCGAAUAUUGGUGCAUUUAUCGAAGCUGCUAACAGCAUUUCGACAUAUCCUUCCAAGGACUCGCCAGCAGGGGACCUGUGGAUGUAUGGGGAUGGAAAGGAUUGA